CGCAUCACUCGCUGCCUGGGCGUUUAUUUUGAAAUGCGUUAGCAAGGCAAGCUGACUCUCUGUUCUCGUCUUCACAGCAGCACACCUCGAAAUUUCGUAAACACUUUAUUUAUUUAUGUAUUUACACCCAAAGCUCUAACCAUGAUGCAGUUCAUCGUUGGCUUCACUUUGGGGAAUGUAGUUGGGAUGUACCUCGCACAGAACUAUGAGGUCCCGAACAUUGCAAAGAAAAUCGAGGCCUUCAAAAAAGACGUGGAAGCGAAGAAAAAGCCUCCGGAGUGAAGUUGAUGAGUCGUCAAUCUAUUUAUUAUGAGUAGUACACCCAGAUGAUAUUGACGACAGUUUGUUGAAAUAGUCAUUUAAAAAAAAAAAAAUUUAAACAAAAAAAAAAACAUUUCAACACAAAUAUGAUCUAAAGAUUUUCCCUCAACGUUAAUUAAAACUUAGUUAGCACUGAAAUUUUUCAUACAUAUACACUGAUGUUUGUUAGAGUGCUGGAUUUGUUCUCCUGGAUAUUUGUUCCAUUUUCAUGCACGUCGAUCGAUCUGUUCAGCUUAAAGCAUUUACGGAUAAUCUGUAUAAAAGUGGAACACGUGCUCCCUGAAAGUUCUUUCAGUCUGUGAAUAAACUUUGGGUCCAUUUGAACAAG